AUGACCCUUCGGCUCCCUGUCCUCCUGUCUAGGCCGCCUCCUGGACACCUCUACGUUCUGUCCAGGAACAAUAGCCACGCCCUCUGCUACAUUCGCCUCCCCGCUCUCAAUCAACAGCAAACUCCCCAGGCCCUCAGCUAUUUCCUCCUCGACUCCCUUCCAGGUCCCCUCCCCCUGCAUGGUCAAAUCCUCCUCUUCCAUCUCCCUUGCCAAUCGUUCCGCGCUCCAUCUCCUAGUGUUUCGCCCUCUGCCGCUGCUCGGCCUCCUCUGCCUCCUUCUUCUACAGGCACUCCAUCUCCUGCUGUUUCGCCUGCUGCUGCCGCUUGGCCUCCUCUGCCUCCUUCUGCGCCUCCUCCUUCUGCAGGCGCUCCAUCUCCUGCUGUUUCACCCGCUGCUGCCGCUUGGCCUCCUCUGCCUCCUUCUUCUGCGCCUCCUCCUUCUGCAGGCGCUCCAUCUCCUGCUGUUACGCCCGCUGCUGCCGCUCGGCCUCCUCUGCCUCCUUCUUCUGCGCCUCCUCCUUCUGUAGGCGGUCCAAUUCCUGCUGUUUCGCCCUCUAACGCCACUCUACCUCCUCUGCCUCCUUCCUGUGCCUCUCCUCCUUCUGCAGGCGCGCCAUCUCCUGCUGUUUUUCCCUCUCCUGCCUCCCGGCCUCCUCAUCUUUCCGCUGCGCCUCCUCCUUCUGCAGGCGCGCCAUCUCCUGCUGUUUCUCCCUCUCCACCCGCUCUGCUUCCUCUACCUCCUUCCUCUGCGCCUCCUCAUUUUGCUGGUGCUCCUUCUCUUGUUGUUUCUCCCUUUCCUCUCGAUCGUCCUCCUCAGCCUCCUUCCUCUGUGUGA